ACUAUCUGUUUGUCUGUCUGUCUGUCUGUCAUGAGCUCACUGAUUAAGCAACCAGGCUGUGUUUAUGGCCACAAUAUAGGUAUUAACAUUGGUAGUUAAUAACAAACUAGAGAAAUGCAAUGUAAUGUCUGUUAUAAAUUUGUUACUGUAAAUAAAGUUCAAAAAGGGUUUGCUAACCUUUUUGCUGUGAUCAGUGGAGUCAGGGAAUAGUUUGCUGUUGGGUCGAAUUUGAUUUUGUGUGAUCCUGUAGGACAUAACACUUGUUGACAAAUUGGAUGAAAUGAACUUUUGCAUUUCCCAGCGAUGUUAUAUUGAGAAUUCUGUUAUUAUUCAAGCUAGCCUGUUACAUGAAGCUUUGGUAACUGCAAUGAAUACUAUUACUUCUACUACUACUACUACUAAUAAUAAUAUUAGUAAUAGUAAUAAUAUUAAUAAUCAUAAUAAAUGUGUUGCUGAGAUGGUUAGAUGGAAGGCCGUUCCUGGCCUCCUCUGGUCUGACUGUAUGAUAUAAGUGCAUCAGAUGCAGCAAUGCUGCACCUUUUUGACCUUGGGCAGCACUUUAGACACAAUAUACCCCUAGCUUCCCUUUUCUGAUGCACAGCUUGUGUUAAUCAUCCUCUAGACCUUCAUCAGUCUAAAGUACACUUUUUAGCUGUAUAUUUUUGAUUAAUGCACUUCUACUGGCUUGGUUAUGACAAGCAAUGCUGCAAAACCUGAUCAUCUUACCAGUGCCACACACACGUGUGACUACUAAAUAAUGUCUGGUCAACAGUAUGGUACCUUACACAAUACUGUAUAUAGCCUGAUGUGAUGGAGCAGCAGAGGGUGGUGCGCUCCAGCUGCCUGGUGAGCAGUGUGCACACUCCUCCCAUCCGCCGUCACAGCAAGCUGGCUACGCUGGGGCGUCUCUUCCGGCCUUGGAAGUGGAGGAAAAAGAAGAACGAGAAGAUGAAGCAGAGCUCCACAGAUGUGGCCUUAGCCAGUGGCCUCCACUCUCUGAAUAUCAGCUCUCCCAUUCAGAGUGUUUCGGAUGCGGAGCUCCGGUUACCUGGCUCACAUGGGCCUAUUCUCAGCAUCAGCAGCAUGGAGUAUCUCAGCUCAGAACAUGAGCACCUGCCUACUGUCCCUGAUUCCAUAGAAGACGGUGCAUCAAUAGAAGAGCCUAACAACACUGAUGAGGAGGAGGAGGAGGAAGAGGAGGAAGAGCUUAGUCCUGUAGAUAAUGAUGAGUGCAGAGAUCCUAAUAUAGAGGAAAUCGAGGAAGAUGAAGACGAAGUGCCUAAACGACAGUCUCCUCUGAGUAAUCAUUGCUUUCAGGUCGCUCAGCUUAACAAUGAGGAAGACCCUGCUAGCUUCACUCUCACAGCAGUGCCUCAGCCCAACACAUUUCUCCCUAAAGAGUUGCCCAGGGUACCAGAAGGUCCUAGUCCUGUUCUUCUCCGAGGGCCUUUUUCCAAUGCAGUGAGUUCACCUCAUAUAGGAACCCUGCAUCCUCCUUUGCCCCCUAGCAGUAUCAUUGAGGAACUACACCGAGCCCUGGCAACCAAGCUUCGGCAAGAUAGUACGGAGCGAGAGCCAAGUGGGGAGGUGGAAAUAAGGAAGGAAGCAGAGGAGAAUAAAGAGAACAUGAGACAAAGCAACUGCUUCACUGAUGCCUCAGGAAUCAUAUAUGACAUCGACAGCUGGAACGAGUCUGUCAUUUCUGGCACAUUGCCACGGCGAAUGCGAAAGGAGCUGCUGGCUGUGAAGUUGCGGAAUCGGCCCAGCAAACAGGAACUGGAAGACAGGAACAUCUUCCCUGUGCGCAGUGACCAGGAGAGACAAGAAAUUCGCCAGCAGAUUGAAAUGAAGCUUGCCAAGAGACUCAGUCAACGGCCGGCCGUUGAGGAACUUGAGAGCCGAAAUAUCUUAAAACAGCGUAAUGACCAGACAGAGCAAGAGGAGAGGAGAGAAAUAAAACAGAGACUAAACAGAAAGCUGAAUCAGCGGCCCACAGUUGAUGAACUGAGGGAGAGAAAGAUCCUGAUUCGCUUUAGUGACUAUGUAGAGGUUGCUAAAGCCCAGGAUUAUGACAGAAGAGCAGACAAACCCUGGACUAGACUGUCUGCAGCUGACAAGGCUGCCAUCCGGAAAGAGCUGAAUGAGUUCAAAAGCACUGAGAUGGAGGUACAUGCAUCAAGCAAGCACCUAACAAGGUUUCACAGGCCGUAGAAGCGGAUUUUCUUCUGUGAAGAAAGUUAAAAUAGACAUACUGUGGCGAAAUCCUGGAGAUGACGUCAUCCAUGGGAAGUUCUUAUCUUUACAGCUUUCCUGGUCUUGGGUGCAGUGAAUAAAAGAAGCUCCAUACCAGGGGCACAGCACCCUGAGGAGAGAACAGCGGAUGUGGACCUCCGCUUUGCAGCUGGAGAAGAGGGGCCAUUAUGAAAGGAUUUGUGAUGUUAAAACUGAGUUUUUAAAUAACUGCUGAAAGAAAUCUCUGAGUGAAAGUUUGUGUGCAUGCGAGAUCCACUUUAAUGGAAAGAAGAAAAAAAGUCACUUGAGGGGUCGUAUGCCUAUUAAUUAAAGUGUUUCAUAUGAAAUGUACAAAAUGCAGUCUGUUCAAACAACAGAGUGGUUAAUAUCUUUAUUUGAGGAAAAAAGACAGAAAAAGACUUUUACGCAAUCUGACUUCAGAAAAGUGCUUUGUCUUAUUGUCAGUUAUGAGUGUCCAGUGCCCCGGACUUUCACCUUACAUGGUGUAGUACUGAUCGAGCAGACAGUUUUGUUUUAAUGGUGGUAAGCAACCCAAACAAAGUUACAUGUGCCAAUACGUUAAUCUUAAUUAAUCUUUUCUGAAUGCAUAUAAGGUGUCCUACCUUCUCUAGAACUCUAAAGGGUUUGUUGAUUUUUCCCUGUGGAGGAGCCCUUAGGUUAUACAUAGAACCCUGGGACAGACUUUACCCUUACAAAAGGCUUCAGAUAUAAACCCUUUAGAAAACAAGACCCAUUAUCUAUCCAGUGAACUCUUGAAGAACAUGUCGUAGUCUAAACUGUCAGGACAUAAGCUCAGAGUCAGAAUUUAUAGACCCAGAAAUCCAUCAAUUUACAC